AUGCCGCUUUCGAGUAAGAGCCGCCAUGCACACCGCGACGUUCGAGCUAAUGGCUAUAGGAUUGUCGCCGUCCACGGCCUUGGGGCAUAUCCGGAAUACACUUGGACAAGUGGCCCUUCGAGCCCGACCGACUCGGAAGACGCAGACCGAGACCGCGUCCACCUGUUGAGAGAUCUCUUCAAAGAUGACUUCCCGAACGCGAGAAUAAUGGCCUUUGCCCACAACUCCGACUGGUUGAUCGAUGCCCCGGUCAAGUCAGCGCAGCAGAUCGGCGACCGCUUGCUGAAAGAGCUGGGGAAGCAUCGGUCGAAACAUCAGGUGAGGACUGCAAAAUCUGAAGAGAACACGGCUAACAGAGGCAACAACCUAAACCUUCUGCAGGCCUUGUGCAAUCCCAAGGACGCCGCGCGGGACGUCGUCGACAGCACUUGCGGCAUCGUUUUCCUCGGGACGCCUCACCAAGGGUCACCUGUAUCGCGUCUCGGGACCGUUGUAGCUCGUGUGACCGGCUUUUUCGGGUCGAACACAGGGCUGCUCCUCUCCCUGACGAGUCAUCGGGAACGGCUCUCCGACUUAGACGUACGUUUUGUUGAGUGCAUGAAGGAGAAAGAGGGUCGACGACAGAAGACCGAGAUCGUAGCGUUCUGCGAAACGAAGCCUACACGCGUGCUAGGAUGGCUAUCUGUCGGCCUGGUAGGUGCUGCUGUCCUCGCAACUACCACCCCGACACUGAACGGCAACCAGAAGUUUGUCGUCGGCAAACUACGCACGGUGGAAGGCGCCGCGUUCAACUCCCAUGCGAACGAACACGUCGCGACUUGCCUCGAAAACACGCGCCAUGAGCUGCUCGACGAGAUCAACCAAUGGGCUGACGGCCUAAUGACUCCCGAGCAUAUAUACUGGCUUCAAGGGAAAGCCGGCACCGGCAAGUCAACAAUCGCUCGUACCGUGGCCCGUGACCUUGCCGCCCGGGAUCGUCUCGCGGCCAGCUUCUUCUUUAAGAGGGGCGAAUCCGAUCGCGGUACCGCCCGGCUCUUCUUCACGACUAUUGCAGCCCAACUCGUCCAGAGUCUGCCUGCGGUGGCUAAGUAUGUGCGAAACGCCAUCGAAACUGACCCUAAUAUCGCCGAAAGGGCGCUAGGAGAUCAGUUCAGGAAACUCAUCCUAGAGCCAGUGGAGGCCCCACAUAGCGUUUCUAGGACCAUGACGGUCGUGAUCGAUGCUCUCGAUGAGUGCGAGGGAGACCAGGACGUCACGGCGGUUAUUAAGUUACUGCUGCAGAAGGAUCGUCCGGUAGUAGCGCCCUUGAAGUUCUUCGUCACUAGCAGGUUUGAGCCUCCGAUUCGUCUAGGGUUCCAGGAGUCUCAAGGCAAAUUCAUUGAGUUUCCUAUUCACGAGAUCCCGCAGCCCAUAAUCGAACGAGACAUCGCAACCUUUCUAAGGUUUCGAUUCGACGAGAUUCGGCGCCAAUUCGGUAUUGCCUCUAGUUGGCCGGACGUAACACAGUUCGAAAACCUCCUAAGGAAAUCCAUCCCACUAUUCAUCUUCGCGGCUACUGCCUGCCGCUUCGUCGAAGACUAUCGACAAGGAGGCGGCGGGCCGGACGAUCGGCUUCAGAAGAUACUCCAAUAUGAGGCCCGUGGGAACUUCGACCAAACAUACCUGCCUGCCCUGACACAAAUGAUUCACGGAAUUAAGGGCUCCGCUCGUCGCAAUUCAGUUAGCGAGUUUAAACAAAUUGUGGGCUCGAUAGUCACCCUCACAAAUCCUCUUGCUCCUGCGCCACUGGCGAGCCUCCUCGGCACUUCCGCUGAAUGCGUCAAUAAUAGACUGCAACUCCUUCACUCUGUACUGGACGUCCCAUCCGAUACUACUAGUCCUGUGAGAAUAUUCCACGAAUCGUUCCGAGACUUCCUCAUCCGUCCUGACCCGGAAGACGUCCACGAGUUCUGGGUCGAUGAGAAAGCCACGCACGAGAUGCUUGCAGACAGAUGUUUUCGGCUGCUCUCCGAAGGUGGCUAUCUAAAAAAGGACAUCUGUGGACUGGGAGCACCUGGGAAACCUCGUACUAUCGUCGACCAACAAACGAUUGACCGGUGCCUGCCACCAGAGGCUCGAUAUGCGUGCCUUUACUGGGUGCAUCACUUGAAGGGUAGCGGAGUCACGCUUCAUGAUGAACACCAAGCGCUCCAAUUCCUUCAGAGCCACUUCCUCCACUGGCUUGAAGCUUUGAGCCUCAUGGGGAGGAUAUCGGAGAGCAUCAGGCUAAUAAACGAGUUGCAGGACCUGAUUGAUGGCUACCACCGUUCCGCAGUGUCUGAUUUUCUACAUGAUGCAAAGCGCUUCAUUCUUAAAAAUCGCCAGAUAGCCGAUGAUACGCCUCUCCAGCUUUAUUUCUCAGGGCUGAUAUUUGCACCGCGAACGGCAAUAAUUCGUAGAGAGUUCCAAACAGAACUUCUUACUUGGGCAUGCCAGUUACCCCAAGUUGAGGAAAGCUGGAGUGCAGAGUUGCAGACUCUCGAGGGCCAUUCACGCUGGGUUACCUCGGUGGCCUUCUCGCCCGACGGCCGGAUGCUGGCGUCUAGCUCCAACGAUAACACAGUGCGGCUCUGGGACGCUACGACGGGCGCCUUGCAACAAAUUCUCGAGGGCCAUUCAAGCUCGGUUAAUUCGGUUUACUUCUCGCCGGACGGCCGGAUGAUAGCGUCUAUCUCCGACGAUAAGAUAGUGCGGCACUGGGACGCUACGACGGGCGCCUUGCAACAGACUCUCGAGGGCCAUUCAGACUUGGUUGAUUUGGUGGCCUUCUCUCCAGACGGCCGGAUGGUAGCGUCUGGCUCCUUCGACCAGACAGUGCGGCUCUGGGACGCUACGACGGGCGCCUUGCAACAGACUCUCGAGGGCCAUUCAGCGGGCGUUUGGCACGCUGGUGGACAGUGCGGAAAGCAUGAUUCCCAAACUGCCUUGGGGCAAGGAGUUCGAAAAGGACAAAUUCCUCAGUCCGGACUUCACGUCGCUCGAAGUCCUGAGCUUUCGGUUUCCUUCUCGCCGGACGGCCGGAUGCUAGCGUCUAGCUUUGACGAUAACAUAGUGCGGCUCUGGGACGCUACGACGGGCGCCUUGCAACAGGCUCUCGAGGGCCAUUCAAGCUGGGUUACCUCGGUGGCCUUCUCGUGCGAUGGCCGAAUGCUAGCGUCCGGCUCCGACGAUAACACAGUGCGGCUCUGGCACGCUACGACGGGCGCCCUGCAACAGACUCUCGAGGGCCAUUCACACUCGGUUGUGUCGGUGACCUUCUCUUCCGAUAGCCGGAUGCUAGCGUCCGGCUCCUUCGACCAGACAGUGCGGCUCUGGGACACUGCGACGGGCGCCUUGCGACAAAUUCUCGAGGGCCAUUCAAGCUCGGUUAAUUCGGUUUCCUUCUCGCCGGACGGCCGGAUGCUAGCGUCUGGCUCCUUCGACCAGACAGUGCGGCUCUGGGACGCUACGACGGGCGACUCGCAACAGAUUCUCGAGGGCCAUUCAGACUCGGUUUGCUCGGUUUCCUUCUCGCCGGACGGCCGGAUGCUAGCGUCCGGCUCCAACGAUAAAACAGUGCGACUCUGGGACGCUACGACGGGCGCCUUGCGACAGACUCUCGAGGGCCAUUCAGACUCGGUUGAGUUGCAACAGUCUCUCGAGGGCCAUUCAGACUCGGUUUGCUCGGUUUCCUUCUCGCCGGACGGCCGGAUGCUGGCGUCUGGCUCGUCCGAUCACACAGUGCGGCUCUGGGACGCUACGACGGGCGCCUUGCAACAAAUUCUCGAGGGCCAUUCAAACUCGGUUAUUUCGGUUUCCUUCUCGCCGGACGGCCGGAUGCUGGCGUCUGGCUCGUCCGAUCACACAGUGCGGCUCUGGGACGCUACGACGGGCGCCUUGCAACAGACUCUCGAGGGCCAUUCAAGCUGGGUUACCUCGGUGGCCUUCUCGCCCGACGGCCGGAUGCUGGCGUCUGGCUCCUUGGACCAGACAGUGCGGCUCUGGGACGCUACGACGGGCGCCUUGCAACAAAUUCUCGAGGGCCAUUCAAACUCGGUUAUUUCGGUUUCCUUCUCGCCGGACGGCCGGAUGCUGGCGUCUGGCUCGUCCGAUCACACAGUGCGGCUCUGGGACGCUACGACGGGCGCCUUGCAACAGACUCUCGAGGGCCAUUCAAGCUGGGUUACCUCGGUGGCCUUCUCGCCCGACGGCCGGAUGCUGGCGUCUGGCUCCUUCGACCAGACAGUGCGGCUCUGGGACACUGCGACGGGCGCCCUGCGACAGACUCUGAGUGUCGGAGGGCUUGCCAUCGUUUUUGAAUUUGCUUCGGAUGGUUCGUAUUUGUGGACGAAUUUGGGAUCACUCGAGAUUUCUACUAAGUGUGAUACGGGCACACCUCAUGUGAACGUGGACAUCUUUAUCGACCAGGACCAGUGGAUAACAAUGAAAGGUGACAGGAUACUAUGGCUUCCCCCUGGGUUUCGGCCUCGCUGUUCGGCGAUUCACGGUAGCGUACUUGCUAUUGGACAUGCAUCAGGGCGGGUUUCAUUCAUAGGAUUUCGUGUAUAG